CUGCAACGACCACGACCAAGUCUCCCUUUCCGUCCAUUCCAUUAUUGUUGCAUAUUAUCAUCCCAGUGGCGACAGAGAUCAUUUCAUUCUUGCUCUGCGGCUCGACAACUUGGUUUCACUAGUUUGGUGUCAGUCUCCGUGCUGGUCCAUCGACACGAUUUGGGGGACCAUUAACUUUUUUUUACUCACAUUAAAGAAUUAAUUAAGGAACGUUUUUGUGAAAAUAUAUUUCGUGAUUUCCAAGAAAUUUGGAAAUUUGGAAGUCAUAUUUACAAGAAGAUUUUUCGACAUGGAAUUCAAAAUGGCGACAGUUGGGGUUAUCUGCCUCACCUGUGCCCUCGCAAUCAGCACAGUUGACGCCACCUCACAACGAGCCCUCAAUUCUCUCCAGUCCUCCUCCCCCUCAAAAGGAAAACCUGCCCUCACCCCCCUCCAAGAAGCCGAGAAUCCCAAACAUGCCAAAAUUAUGAAGCAAAUCAACAAAGUCAAUGAAGACGGGAGCUACACUUUCGGAUACGAAGCGGACGACGGAUCUUUCAGAGUCGAGACUCGAUCAAAAGACGGAGUGGUGAAGGGAAAGUACGGCUAUGUGGAUGCCAACGGAGAAUUGAAAGUUAUGGAAUACACGGCCGGAGAAAAGACGGAUCGUCACGAGGACGAACCUCAAGUAGAUGACGAAGCACCACGACAGGUCACACAGCCGCGAUACGUUACUCGACAAAGUAAAGCCGCCCCGACAAUUGUGCUCCCAUCCGCGCUGCAAUCCCGGAUCGAUCAGGCUUCCUCGGCGCAAACGACGUCGGACAAGGUGACCUCGCCACAGGAAGAUGAUGACGAGCAGGGGGACAAGAGUGAACAGGAAGAUGAUGAACCUGAGGGACAGAAGGAUGUCAAUAAUGGGCAGUAUUUUAGAGCAGUGACGCAAGGACCGCAGCCAUCUGGGGCACCACCGAGUUUGGCAGGGACUCCGGGACCGAGAUAUGUUCCGUCGCAUCAAUUAGGAGGAGGUCAAGGUCAAGGGGGCCCACAGCAAUUUAGCUAUGCGCCACAGCAGCAACCGGGAUUUUCGACGUUGCCGAAGCAGUAUGCCGGACAGGGUCAGGGGUCACCACCACCGCAGUAUCAGGGAUUCCCCCCAGGAUACGGACCCCAGACUUACGUACCUCAACAAGGUCAAGGAGAAUCUCCCCUCUCGGGACAAUCUCUCCCAUCUCUUUACGCAGGACAAUUUGAGGACGACGACCGUUACCCGUACCCUCAGCAAGGCCAAGGUCAUCCCAGUCUUCAAGGAGGAGGUGGUCGUUUUCCACCCGGAUAUUCCACCAGGCCUCAACAAGGCCGAGGAGAUGGUUCCCCACCAAAUGUGCAAAUUCAGUUUAGAGGAUCACCACCGGAAGAUGAUGAGAGACAAGGACAACAGCAAUACUUCCCACAACAAGGACAAGCCCAAUUUGCGCCACAACAAGAACAGGGACGUCAAUAUGUCGGAUUUCCUCCGAGCAGACAACAGUCGUAUGAGGGUGGCCGACAACUAGGAGGUUCACCCUCUGACCGAUACGUCCCAAACGUGGACCUCGACGGCUUCUCUGAAGACGCCGACGAAGACGGAUUUGUCGACGACCAUCCCAACUCCCUCUCCUCCAACAGCAAGGGAGGAGCCACCGCAGCCCAAGAGAAACAAGGCGUCGCCGUUAAAGCUGUUGGCGACGGGCGAGGUCAAACCCCUGCAGGCACGUAUCGACCCCAGAUCCUCGGACCACAAGGAAUCCUUCAAGGUGGACAAGUAAAUAACCGAGAACAACAAUUCCAACAGCAACAACCAGGCCGUUCCCCAUUUGGAGGUCAACAACAAGGUCAACUUCCUCCUCAACUAACGGACGAUCAAAUCCAACAACUUUUCGCCCAACAACAAGGUCCAUACCCAGGUCAACAGCAACAAUACCUUGGAGGCGGAGGAGGAGGUCAAUUUCCCGGUGCAUUCCCAGGAGGUCAAUUCCAAGGUCAACAACAACCAGGUUUUCCUCAACAAGCAUUCUUGAGACCAGGUCAGUCACCUCAGUCGCGGCCAUCUCUCCAAUCCCAACAAGGAGGCGGUUCCUUCCAACAAAACCCACUCCUCCAAGGUCAAUACGUCCUCACGUCGCAACAAGGCGGUGAUUCUGACGACUUUUCGGCCGGAUUCCCACCUCAAUUUCUUCCCCAAGGAGGAGGUCAACCAGGUCAAGGACUCCCACCACAAUACUUCCAACAGCAACAACCACAAUCUCAACAACGCCCCUUAACUAACCAAGCAGAUCAAUUUCAAGGUCAAGGUUUCCCCUCUUCUCAAGGUUCGCAAGGUCUCCCUCCACAAUUCCAAGGGCAAGGAUUCUCCUCUCAAGGCGGACUUCCACCCCAGUUCCAGGGCCAAAGUGGUCAAGCCGGAGGUCAAAAUCAGGGCAUUCAAUCUUCCGGAUUCCCAUUCGAUUUCAAUCCCAGUUUCGGAAACCAGGGAGGAUUCCAAUCUCUCCCGCAAGGAUUUCAACAGGGAAGUUUCGCCCCACCAGGAUUCCAACAGGGUCCACCACCACAAGGUUUCGCAAGCCAAUUCCAACAAGGAGGUCCAACCAGUGGGGAUGGAUUCUCUCCGCAAGGAGGAAGUCAAGGUCUCUCUCAGCAACAAUUAGCCGCAAUUUUGCAAGCUCAACAACAACAAGGCCUUGGAGGUCCGCAACAAGGAGGUCCUCAAGGAUUCUCACCUCCACAAAUUCAAGGCUUUGUUCCGGGCAGAUUCCCCACACAGGGACAAUAUUUAGGCGGCGGUGGCGGUGGUGGUGCUGGGUUAGGCGGUGCCACAAGUGGUGGACCUACUUCCGGUCUCCAACAAAGUCCAUCCUCCUCCGGACAAAGUGUCCAACUCGGUGGUGGAGUAGCGAGACCAGUCCAACCAGCUUCGUCUUCAUCGUCAUCGUCACCUUCGACUGGACUUUUUGGUGGCGAGGAGAGAAAACUUUCUUCCUCGACGAGCAGUAAGGGGGAAGCAAAGUCUAAUUAGAGGUGUGCAAAAUAUUAAUCUUUAGUUAAUUAAUAGGAUAAUUAAUUAAUUAAGAGACACAUAAUUAAUUAUUAGUUAAGUGUGUACUUCAUAAAUAUCUUUACUCCAUUUAUUACCCAAUAUUUCCAGUCUAGCUUGAAAACUGUUCAGAAUUUCUCUCCUCUCUUUUUUUGUAAUGCAAUAUUUUGUACGAUAGUUGUUGAGUUGAUUUACAGUUUUAAUUAAGAAGAUGAAUUGAUCAAUUGGGAAUAAUUGAUCCCAUUUCGGAUAAGCGUGUGAUGCUGUUAAUCGACACUUAUCUUAUUUCUGCCUCUUUCUCCGUGUUUCCCUCCUCCAUUCUCCCCAGACAAUAAUAACGGAGAGAGAGAGAGCGAGAGUGAAAGUAGGAGAAAGGAUGCGCUAAAUGUGAGGCAAUAAAAUAAAACAAAAUAAAAACGGUACUAAUAAAAAUACGAGAAUGAAAUA